CUGAAUCAGCCACAUCGGUAGCUUGUUAGCCGACAUAAAACCGAAUAAUUGGAGCUACUUUGACUAUUUUGUGUAUAUUAAUAGGUGUUUUAGACACAAUUAGUUGUACGUAUAUAGGAGUUAACUUAACGUACUUGUUCAAUGUAUUAAUUUGUUCAGAUUAAUUUGAUUCUGAGCCUAGCACUAGGCUAGUCGCUAAUGCUACAUAGCUAACUAACGUCCCUUACCAUGAGCUCACUAAGCUACUCGCCCCUUGCUAAAGAAGAGGAUGUCUACUGGACGGAGAAAGGAGCUCUGGAGCUGAAUAUUGUCGUAAAAGAAGAAGAAGCUUUCAGAAUAAAACAGGAGGAAAUCACACCGACAGAAGAACAGGAGGAUGUUAAAGUGAAAAAAGAGAAAGAUCUUUUUGGAGUGAAAGAGGAAGAGGAGAUAGAGGCUGUCACGGUGGUAGAGGAGGAGGUAGAAGCUUUCAGAAUCAAAAAGGAGGAAGAGGAGUCUGUUAUAGUGAAAGAAGAGAAAUAUAUUUUUGUAGUGAAAGAGGAAGAUGUAGAAGCUUUAAGAAUAAAAAAGGAGGAAGAGGAGGAUGUUAUCGUGAAAAAAGAGAAAUAUAUUUUUGGAGUGGAAGAGGGGAUAGAGGCUGUCACAGUAAAAGAGGAAGAGGGGAUAGAGGCUGUCACAGUGGAAGAGGAAGAGGGGAUAGAGGCUGUCACAGAGGAAGAGGGGAUAGAGGCUGUCACAGUGGAAGAGGAAGAGGGGAUAGAGGCUGUCACAGAGGAAGAGGAAGAGGUAGAAGCUUUCAGAAUUAAACAGGAGGAAGAGGAGGAUGUUAUAGUGAAAAAAGUAGAAGAACCUUUUAGAGAGGAAGAGGACGAUAUCUCAAUGAAGGUGAAGGAGGAAGAUGUUUUGGGAGUGAAAGAAGAGGAAGGAGAGGAAGAGGAGACUGAAGAUCUGAUUAACACCAAAGAGAGACCCGACUCAGAGGAACCAGAGACGUCUGAACCAACGAGACGACACCACUGUUCCCAGUGUGGAAAGAGUUUUAACCAUUUAGGGAAUCUUAAAAACCACAAUAGAACACACGCAGAGAAGAAGUCUUACAACUGCUCUCAGUGUGGAAUGAGUUUUACCCGGUUAGGGAACCUAAAAUCACAUGAGAGAAUACACACAGGAGAUAAGCCUUACCACUGCUUCCAGUGUGGAAAGAGAUUUAUCGAGCCAGCACAACUGAAAGUUCAUUGGAGAAAACACACAGGGGAAAAACCAUUCCAAUGCUCUCAGUGUGGAAAUACAUUUUCCCGAUCAGGGGACCUGAAAUCACACGAGAGAAUACACACAGGGGAAAAGCCUUACCACUGUUCCCAUUGUGAAAUGAGUUUCAGUUGGUCAGGGCAACUGAAAGAGCAUAAGAGAAUACACACCGGUGAAAAGCCAUUCCAAUGCUCGCAGUGUGGAAAGAGUUUUACUCGGAUUGGGAACCUGAGAACACAUGAGAGAAUACACACAGGAGAGAAGCCUUUCCAAUGCUCUCAGUGUGGAAAGAGUUUCACCCAAUUAAGGAGCCUGAAAAGUCAUGAGAGGGCACACACAGGGGAGAAGCCUUUCCAAUGAUCUCAGUGUGGAAAUGGUUUUACCCGGUUAGGGUACCUGAAAACACAUGAGGAGACACACAAAGGAGGGUAGCCUCACCUCUGCUCCCAGUAUGAAAGAGUUUUACCCAAUUAAUGGUCCUGAAAGAGCAUGAGAGAAUAUAUACUCUUCAUGUCACUACUCAUUGUGGAAAUACAUGUCUGGCUUAUGGUUUUGACUGAGAAUUUGUGCUUUUGUCAUGAAAUCUAAUUGUAUAUAUUUUAUCAUACUCACAAAUAGGUCUACAUUAGUUUUUUUAUUUUUGAGAUUCUUCAAAGUAUCCACCCUUUGCCUUGAUGACAGCUUUGCACACUCUUGGCAUUCUCUCAACCAGCUUCAUGACGUAAUCACCUGGAAUGCAUUUCGAUUACAGGUGUGCCUUGUUAAGUUAAUUUGUGGAAUUUCUUUCCUUCUUAAUGCGUUUGAGCAAAUCAGUUGUGUUGUGACAAGGUAGGGGGGUAUACAGAAGAUAUCCCUAUUGGGUAAAAGACCAAGUCCAUAUUAUGUCAAGAAAAGCUCAAAUAAGCAAAGAGAAACGACAAUCCAUCAUUACUUUAAGACAUGAAGGUCAAUCAGGAAAAUUAAGAACUUUGAAAGUUUCUUCAAGUACAGUCGCUAAAAACAUCAGGUGCUAUGAGGAAACUCUCAUGAGAACUGCCACAGGAAGACGCAGAGUUACCACAGCUGCAGAGGAUAAAUUCAUUAGAGUUAACUGCACCUCAGAUUGCAGUCCAAAUACAGUUACCACAGCUGCAGAGGAUAAAUUCAUUAGAGUUAACUGCACCUCAGAUUGCAGUCCAAAUACAGAGUUACCACAGCUGCAGAGGAUAAAUUCAUUAGAGUUAACUGCACCUCAGAUUGCAGUCCAAAUACAGAGUUACCACAGCUGCAGAGGAUAAAUUCAUUAGAGUUAACUGCACCUCAGAUUGCAGCCCAAAUACAGAGUUACCCAAGUAUGUGCCACAGCAUCAUCGGACUGAGCUUGUUGUCAUUGCAGGCAAUCUCAAUGCUGUGUGUUACAGGGAAGACAUCCUCCUCCCUCAUGUGGUACCCUUCCUGCAGGCUCAUCCUGACAUGACCCUCCAGCAUGACAAUGCCACCAAUCAUACUGCUCGUUCUGUGCGUGAUUUCCUGCAAGACAGGAAUAUCAGUGUUCUGCCAUGGCCAGCAAAGAGCCCAGAUCUCAAUCCCAUUGAGCACAUCUGGGACCUGUUGGAUCGAAGGGUGAUGGCUAGGGCCAUUCCCCCCAGAAAUGUCCGGGAACUUGCAGGUGCCUUGGUGGAAGAGUGGGGUAACAUCUCACAGCAAGAACUGGUAAAUCUGGUGCAGUCCAUGAGGAGGAGAUGCACUGCAGUACUUAAUGCAGCUGGUGGCCACAGCAGAUACAGACUGUUACUUUUGAUUUUGACCCCCCAUUUGGUCAGGGACACAUUAUUCCAUUUAUGUUAGUCACACGUCUGUGGAACUUGUUCAGUUUAUGUCUUGGUUGUUAAAUCUUGUUAUGUUCAUACAAAUAUUUACUUUAGUUAAGUUUGCUGAAAAUAAACUCAGUUGACAGUGAGAGGAUGUUUCUUUUUUUUGCUGAGUAUAUUUUACAAUGUAGAAAAUAAAGAGAAACCCUUGAA